UCCAACAUGGACGUGCACAUAAACAGCGGCUCUUCUGCUCGAGCAGAAAGAAAAGAGCAAGAAAAAGCCAAAAUAAUCCAGCGAGAGAAACAACGACAGACUAUAAAGACGAUCUCAAAGAUCCUCCAGAAGUGUGAGUCUGAGUGGACACAGGAGGAUCAGUCGAUGCUGCAGUCACAUCAGGACACUGUGCAGGAGCUGAGCCGACGACAGAACCGCAGACACCUGCUGAAGAGGAAACAAGAGGAGGUGUUUGAUGAUGCUGAGAACUUGAAGACUAAAGUAAAGCAGCUGGCAGAAGCAGUCCAGCUGGCCAAACAUCUGGUCAUCUACACCGGAGCAGGAAUUAGUACGGCUGCCUCAAUCCCAGACUAUCGAGGGCCUAACGGAGUCUGGACUCAGUUGCAGAAGGGCCGAUCUGUGAGUUCAUCUGAUCUGAGUCAGGCUGAGCCGACACUCACACACAUGUGCAUCUGGAUGCUACACAAAAUGAAGAUGGUUCAGCAUGUGGUCUCACAGAACUGUGAUGGUCUUCACCUACGCAGUGGUCUUCCCAGACACGCUCUCUCUGAACUCCACGGAAACAUGUUCAUUGAGGUUUGUGAUUCCUGUUCUCCACCACGAGAGUUUAUUCGGCUGUUUGACGUGACUGAGCGCACGGCUCUGCAUCGGCACGGGACGGGCCGCUUGUGUCCUUACUGUCGAGCUGAGCUCAGAGACACCAUCGUGCAUUUUGGAGAACGUGGCACUUUGGAGCAGCCGCUCAACUGGAAGGGGGCAGCAGAGGCCGCUCAGCAGGCUGACCUCAUCCUCUGUUUAGGCUCCAGUUUGAAGGUGUUGAAGAAGUACUCCUGCUUGUGGUGCAUGAAUAGACCUGCAAACAAAAGACCAAAGCUGUACAUUGUCAAUCUACAGUGGACACCAAAAGAUAACUUGGCUACUCUGAAAAUUCACGGGAAGUGUGACGCUGUGAUGGCUCUUUUAAUGGAGGAGCUGGCUUUAGAAGUUCCCGUUUACAGCAGAUUGCAGGACCCCAUCUUCAGCUUGGCUAAACCCCUCAGUCCGCAAGAGCAGAAGAGUCACACUCGUAAAGAGAUAGCACCAUCUUCUGCUUUGGAGGACGUUUCGCAGUCUGCACCGCCGCAGGGCGACAGUCCAGCGGUUCAGGGGGGCUGGUUUGGAAGAGGUUACUCCAAAGGAAGACGGAAAAAGAAGAGUUCCUAGAGUUCAUCUUAGGUAUACCUCACUCACACGGCUGCUCAAACACACACUUUGGCUUGGUUUAGACUUGUGUUCUGGGUGCAUCACAUUUACAGGUUGUGUUCAUGUUGCUGAAAGGCCAUUUUUGUGUUACAAACCUAUUGAUAACUGGUUCUUGAUAAAGUUUUUUUUUAAACCACUUGUAGAAGAGUAGGACCUUUGCAGUGGAGAAAUCAAAGGCUUACACUGGAAAAAAAGCUUUUCUUUUGAGUUUUUUUCCCGUUUGUAGCCCAAAUAUCAAGCAAUUUUUAAAUCAAGAAGAAUUAUCUAGAUGAGUGAAAAAUUGUCAUUUUCAGAAAUUUGUCAAAAUGAAUUGAGUUUCCCCUAAAAAAAGCUAAAUAGUCUUACGUUGAAAUAAGUUUAUUUCACUGUUGUGCUUGUUUUCAGUAAAAUCUCACUUAAUUUUUAUGUAUUAUUUCUGAAAACAGGUGUUAUUUUGCAUGUCUAGAAAAUGCUUCUUGAUUUAAGAUUUUUUUUAGAUGUUUUGACAAAAAAACAAAUAUAAAAACUUAUUUUUUUGCAGUGUGACUGGUUUACAUGAAGGUUUGGUUUUGCCGAGUGCACUUUACUUCCAUUCUCAGGUUUAUUGAAUAAGCAGUAUAUGUUUUUUAUAACAGCGGUUUUAUGAGAACACGCUGACAUUUGUUGCUGAUGGUAUUUAUUGGUUCGUCUAAAAAAGAAAAUUGUUAUUUAAUCAGCCAUAUGUGGUUCCAAACCCUGAAAGAAACAAUGCAAAAUGCUCUUUUCCAUACAAAUGAAAGUGAACUGAGACACAAUAACAAGUUAUAUUCCAAACUUCAUUAUUUUUAUACAGAAUAGUAUGGAUGUUAUGCUAAAUUUCAGCAAGGAAGACAAAAGAUAACACAUGCUGGAACAACAUAUAGAUGAAUAAAUAACAGUUUUUCAUUUUUAGAUUAGACUUUAGAAUAUAAUCGUUUACAUAAAAAUCAGUAUUACUGGAUUGAGUAAAAAGAAAUGCUUUAUUUCAGUCCACUAUUAAAAUGAUAAAUCAGAGAGAAAGCUGAAUAAGAUAAUGUGUAUAUUUCAAAGAACUUUUAACAAAUGGUGCUAUAAUCACAAUUUACAUGGUAACCUUUCAUGUCUAAAGGAUGUUAUCUAUACAGAUAACUGUUAAGACUUUACAGUAAGGUUGUAUUAGUUAAUGCAUUUACUAACAAGAGCAAACAAUGCACAACACUUUUAUUACAGUAUUUGCUCAUGUUCAUACAGUUGUUCUUUGUUAAUGCUAACUCAUGGUGCAUUAACUAAUGUUACCAAGCAUGCAUUUAGAUGUUGAAAUAUGAUUAACGAAUGCUGUACAAACAUUAAUCAUAAUUAGUUAAUGUUAGUAAAUACAUUAAACUAAUGAAACCUUAUUGUAAAGUUUGACCAUUAAACUCAUGUGUGGACUUUAACUUGAACUGAGGAUAAUGUUUGCUCAGAUAUGCUCAUUCAUUUAAGCUGUUACUGUACUGCUGAAAGUGCCAUUGCAUUGUGUAUUUUGUCCCAUCAUGGCCAUUUUAGUUCAGAUAUUUUGAUUUCUACACACUACUGCAAAGAGAGCUUGAGUAUUUGAAGAUUUACUUGUGCUGAAAAUUAAAGAUUCUUAUUAAACAA